AUGUCGACAAGCGACUUACCUCCUCGAUUCCAAUUAGCCCUGCGAAGAUCACUUUUCUUCGGUAUCUGUCUAUUUAUUUGGUUGGCUAUCGGCACCAUCGCCUUUUCCGCACUAUCUGUUGUCGGCCACAGACGGACAGAUAUCGCUGGACUAGUUAAACUAGAUGCGAAACGAACAGAGCUGCUCAAUGUGCUAUGGGCGGAGACAAUCUCGAAAUCAGAAGCGGAUUGGGCAGAAAUGGCAAAUCAAAAACUUGAGCUCUACGAGAAGGCUCUUCUUAACUAUGUAGGGUAUCAUGAUGAUUCCAAUGAUCGGUCUUUCAUGGAGUCUCUCCGAAAGUCUUUUUCACUUGUUACAACAAUCGGUCCUGUCGACAUUGAUGCUUUCACCACUGCCGGCAAACUUUUUGCCAUUGUAUAUAUAGCAAUAGGUGUACCUCUGUGUUUGCUAGUGAUAACACAAUGUGGUCGGAUGAUUACCUCUAUAUGGGAGGGAAGAGGGUUAAUUAUACCGGUUGUUGGCUUCGUCUUUAUCUCUGCUGUCGCAUACGACAUUAUUGAAGAAGGAAGCGAUGAUGUUCCUUUCUUCGAUGCUAUAUUUUCAAUGCUUCUCAACUUCUCUUCGAUUGGUGAGGAGGACAAUGAAUUUCAUGGUGUCAUCCCGUACCUCAUCACAAUCAUUGGUCUCGCACUUGUGAGUUCACUAUAUGCUCAGGUGCAGCACGAGAUUGAGAGAUCCAUCCAUGGAAUUGAAUUUACCUAUUCUAAAAUGUUCUCAAAACUCGAACGAUGGAUGAGCGAAGAGAAGACAGCUGUGAACAGUAAUCGAAUAGAAGAGGAGGAUGAGGAAGACAGUGACUACUGA